CUCAUUGAUCAGAUCAUGAGACUACGAUAAAGACAGAUAGUUCCGUCUGAGACUCAAUUUUGCUAACUGCUCUUUUUGGUCUGAAGUGAUUUAGUAUCAUCAAUGGCGAUUCGUAGAGCGCAAGCCUUACUCUCUAUAUCCAAAUUCAAAACCAGUUUCGUCCUUGGGUCGUUUUCAAGGUUUCACCGGUUCUCUUCGUCAUCAUCACAGCAUUCAACUCAAUUCCAGAAUGUUGGUUUCAUAGGACUUGGAAACAUGGGAUCAAGAAUGGUGAACAAUCUAGUUAAAGCUGGAUUUAACGUUACCGUUCAUGACAUAAACCGUGAUGUUAUGAAGAUGUUCACUGAAAUGGGAGUCUCCGCUAGAGAAACUCCUUACGAAGUUGCUCAAGAUAGCCAAGUUGUGAUUACCAUGUUGCCUUCUUCAUCUCACGUGAUGGAUGUGUACACAGGAACAAAUGGGUUGCUUCAUGGAGACAACGCUAUCAGACCUGCUUUGUUGAUAGAUUCAUCCACUAUUGAUCCUCAAACCACCCGCAAAAUCUCUCUUGCGGUUUCCCAUUGUAAUUUAAAAUACAAGAGAGAUAAUUGGGAAAAGCCUGUAAUGUUGGAUGCUCCUGUCUCAGGAGGUGUUCUUGCUGCAGAAGCUGCUACACUUACUUUCAUGGUUGGAGGUCCGAAAGUUGCUUACUUAGCUGCAAGACCAAUACUCGAGUCAAUGGGCAGAACUUCCAUCUACUGUGGCGGUUCAGGAAAUGGAUCUGCUGCAAAGAUAUGUAACAAUUUGGCAAUGGCCGUGAGUAUGCUGGGUACUUCAGAAGCUUUAGCUCUUGGUCAGUCACUUGGACUAUCUGCCACCACUUUAACUGAUGUAUUAAACACAUCUAGUGGCCGAUGUUGGAGUAGCGACAAAUAUAAUCCAGUUCCAGGAGUAAUGGAAGGUGUGCCCUCUUCAAGAGAUUACAACGGCGGUUUUGCCUCCAAACUUAUGGCUAAAGACUUAAACUUAGCAGCAGCCUCAGCUGAAGAAGUUGGACACAAAAGCGCACUGAUAUCCAAAGCACACGAAAUUUACAAGAAGAUGUGCGAGGAUGGGCAUGAGACAAAGGACUUUUCAUGUGUUUUUAGACACUUCUACAAUGGCAAAGAUGAAGAAGUCUGAGGCAAUCUUUACAAAUGACCCUGCAAAAUAAUAAGGAUCCAAAGGUUUCCUUGUGCAUUUACAUUGUUUAUUUUCAUUGCUGAGAGAGAAUUAAAAUCUUGAAAGGAUUGUGGUGUUACUAAAACGAUUUGAAAUGUAAUUAGUUUGGGGACUUGUCUU